AGUAACAGUUCCAUUCUGUCCUUUAAUCAUGGGUUCACCUCAUUUUGAAAUUUUCUUCGCAGCUCUAGUUUUGGUUUUGGUCAACGUUUCCCAUGUCAAUCUGAUAAACAUGGGACCCACCAAUUGUGCAGUGUAAACAGAUCCAAUUCACUUGGUCUGAUGAUGAUCAUAAGCUGGUUUUCUCAAUGAAACACGAUGUCCAAUAUGAUGACCAUGAUGAUAAAGAUGAUCACAUUGUUUAUAAAGAUCAUAUUGAUCCGUUUUAUCAAGGUGAUGGGUUUCCUAUCUAUCCCGGUUAUGGUCAUGAUGGGCCUGGAUAUGGUAAAUUCGGAUUUGGUGGACAAGGAUAUGGAAACCGCAGAGUCGGUGGGCCUGGACUUGGCGGACCUGAAUACGGGAAAUCUGGCUUUGGUGGACCUGGAUAUGGUAAAUUUGGAUUAAGUGGACCAGGUUACGGAAACCACGGAAAUGGUGGACCUGGAUUUGGUAAAUCUGGAAUUAGUGGACCUGGAUAUGGAGAAUCCGGCUAUGGAGGACCUGGAUACGGGACACCCGUCUUCGGCGGACAUGGAUAUAGGAAACCCGGGUAUGGCGGACCAGGCUAUGGAAACCACGUUGGACCUAUUUUUAGGGAACCCUUCCACGGUGCCGACCCUAAAAACAAUUAUUAUACUGAUACACUGAGACGCAACCAAGAACUCUGGUAAUUCGAGGACUCUCUAGGUUUGCCCGAGACUUUACGAAGAAAUAUUUGAUGAAAAAUUAUGUACUUCUUUAAAAAUUUUUAACAAUAAAUUUUUAAACUGUAA